AGAAGUCAAUUGAUAAAGUUAUCAGUUACGGUAACUUUUGUUUUCUAAGAUUUGGUUCAAAUAGUGUAAGAAAUAAAAAAAUGGCUCGACUUACGCUAUCAAUUUUGGCAUCGUUGAUAAUCUACUUCGCAUACCAUGCGUUGGCUAGUGAAGCAUUGGCUACAGUCGGUUCUAAAACGUCCAUCAAUGGCGAGGUGGAUAAUCCUCUGGGUGACGAAGGACUCAGUAAACUUCAGACCGCUUGGCUAAGGAGUGUCUACAAUCGAAGGCCAGCAGCAUCUCCCUAUGCAAUGCUAAGAAAAGGUGGUUCCUCUCGAAAUCCCACCGGUUAUCUUGCAGAUGUGAAUCUAUUCGACGGCGAUGACAUCGAAAAACGCUUCGACGACUACGGCCAUAUGCGAUUUGGCAAACGUGGCGGCGAAGGCGAUCAGUUUGACGAUUACGGCCACAUGCGAUUCGGAAGACGACGGUAAAUUUGAUUCGAUCCGAUUCGAUGGCAGCGAUGGCAGGGACCCGGGAGACAAAAACAAAACGUGACAUCCUCUCAACAACAUAUUUGUGGCGGCUGGUGACUUCUCUUCGUUUAGUUGGUAAAACGCAAUGACAAAAAACAAACCGAUGUGAAUAAAUCUAUCGAAAUGUGCUGAACCAA